CUCUCUCUCUCUCACAUACGAUUCCAUUUCAUUCCAUUCAGAAGAAGAAGAAGUUGAAAUCAUGACGACGACGACGACGACGACGAUUGAGAUUCCCGCUUGAGGACACACCAACCUUCCGUCUCUUCUCUGGUGACACGCUUUCGAUUCGAUACAGCUUCUCUCUUUUUUUGAUCGGUUUCUGUGGUUUACCAUAUCCAGUUUAAUCAGGACUUUGAUCGGGCGAUCGAAUCUGAUUUUAAACUCCUUGAUCCAAUCCAUUCCUCCUCGUUCGAUUGGAUCUUCUUUUUGUUUGUUUCUAGUGAGACGAAAGAUCAAAAGCUUUUUAGAUUCGGCUCUGUUCUGUGUUUCCUUCGAUGGUAUAUUUGCAUAGCUCAAUCUCGGUCUGCAAUCCCGUCGACCAAGCUAUGCCCACCCGCAAACCUCACCCAGCAUCCCCCAGCUUCCCCGUCUGCCAAGGCUCUCACUCCGCUGCCAUCGACGUCUUCAUCCUAAUCGCCGUCAUCACAUCCUGCGCCUUCCUCUUCUUCCCUUACCUCAAGCUCAUCACCCUCGCAUCCAUCCACCUCUUCUCGGACAUCUCCCUUUUGGUCAAAGCAGAGAUCCUUCAGAACCCUAUAGUGUACGGAUCCUUAGCUCUGAGCGUCUUCUGCGCCGCCAUCUCCGCUUGGCUCGUCAUACUCCUGUGCACUAUGCACCGAUGCGGGAAGCCCAAUUGCAAAGGGCUUAGGAAAGCCGUUGAGUUUGAUAUUCAGAUUGAGACUGAGGAUUGCAUCAAGACCAGCUCCGGCUAUGGCAAAAAGGGCGGGAGGCUUGAGUUGCCUCGUGUCCAUCACCGCGAGCUGGAGGCUGAGCUUAAGAAGAUGGCGCCUCCUAAUGGCCGCGCCGUCCUGGUUUUCAGAGCCAGGUGUGGUUGUUCUGUUAGGAGAUUAGUGGUUUCCGGCCCAAAGAAACAGCAGCGUAAGAUCAAGAAGUGAUAUGAGAUCCUUGUUAUACUUUUCUUCUGUUUCUCACAAAACACACUCUCUUUUUUUUUCUUACAAAGAACUUAUAUAAAUGUGUUAAUCUAUAUAUGUUAUAAAAAUAAGUUACAGUGAGAGGAUAAAGCAUUGUAAGGAUAAUGUGGGAAACUGGUUAUAGUGAAAGAUCAUUUUGCUUUUAA